UAUAGUUUCGGAAAUUCAAGAAACUCGACGUCCCCCACUCGUAUUUUCCUUCUUUCCACCUUCCGUCAUCGCGUGGAGACUCUUCACACAGACAGCACUCUCGGCUCGCCCUCUACUCCGAAAUCUUCGGAAUGGCCAAAAACCUCGGGGGAUUUCUGUUGCUGGUUUUGGCGAUUUCGAUCUGCGAGGCUGCGUCGAUCUUUCAACCAAUCUCAGAUUCCCACCGAUCUGCAGCCUUGGAGCUCUUCACGCCCGCUGAUGAGUCUUUCGGAAGCUUAGAAGAGGCCUAUGAGGCCUUAAGAACGUUUGAGAUUCUUGGAAUCCAAGGAAAGCCUGACAUAAGCACCAGUUCUUGCCAAUCUGUUUCUGAAACUCUCGUGUCAUCAUCUUCGACUACAAAUGGUUUAUUCCACGCUCUAAAAGUUAACCGCAUAUUGAAGUGUAAGAUUGAUGAGGAAAUCUUCCAGGGCAUCGCUUCAAGACUUAAAGCUGUUGUCAAUGAUGGAAAUUCAUUGCUUGACUUCUACUACUCAAUAGGAAGCUUGGUACUUGUCAAGGAUCAAACUUCUGGAGUUGAUGUACUUCUUGGUGAUGCUAAUGGAAUAUUCCGUUCCAUUAAGGCUUUGAGUCAGAGUGAUGGAAGGUGGCGCUUCAGUUCAAAUAAUCCGGAGUCUAGUACCUAUGCAGCUGGAUUAGCCCUUGAAGCACUUGCGGGAGUUGUGUCGUUAGCAUCUUCUGACAUUGACCACUCAUUGAUUGUUACAUUAAAGAAUGAUAUAGUGAAGCUCUUUGACAGUCUUGAGAAAUAUGAUGAUGGAUCCGUUUAUUUUGAUGAGAAACUUGUUGAUGCACAUGAGCAUCAAGGUCCUCUUUCAACUACCUCCUCAGUUGUCCGAGGGUUGACAGCAUUUGCAUCUGUGAUUUCAGGAAGUAUAAAUCUUCCAGGCGACAAAAUAUUGGGUUUGGCCAAAUUCUUCCUUGGAAUAGGAAUUCCUGGCAAUUCCAAGGACUUCUUUAACCAAAUAGACUCGUUAGCUUGCCUGGAAAGUAAUAGGGUUUACGUCCCACUGAUUUUAUCACUUCCAGCUACAGUACUUUCAUUGACCAAGAAAGACCAACUGAAGGUCAAAGUAAAUACUGUGCUUGGAUCAAGUGCGCCUCCUCUGGCAGUGAAGCUCGUGCGAGCAUUCAUUUCUGGUUCAAAGGAUUCUUCUGUAAUUAAGACCCAGGAACUCAAGUUUGACCCAGAAAAUGCAGUACAUUUCUUAGAUGUUUUGCCCAAGAGUAUUGAUGUUGGAACUUACGUAUUUGUUUUUGAGAUUGUUCUUCAUGAUUCUGUGGACAAAGAAGUUUACACGACCGGUGGACAAACUCAAGUACCAAUAUUUGUUACUGGAAUUAUCAAAAUUGACAAUGCUGAAAUUGCAGUGCUUGAUAGUGAUCUUGGCAGCAUAGAAACCCAGACGAAGCUUGAUCUGGCCAGGGAAAAUGCUGCAUUAUUAUCUGCAAAUCACCUCCAAAAACUAAGACUAUCCUUUCAAUUGACCACUCCUCGUGGGAAGUUCUUUAAGCCACAUCAGGCAUUUCUCAAGUUGAGACAUGAGACCAAAGUUGAACACAUCUUUGUGGUGGGAAACUCUGGCAAACAGUUUGAGAUAAUUCUAGAUUUUCUUGGACUGGUUGAGAAGUUUUUCUAUCUCUCUGGCAGAUAUGACAUCCAGUUAACUGUUGGUGAUGCUAUCAUGGAGAACUCUGUUUUACGGGCUGUUGGCCAUGUCGAACUUGAUCUACCCGAAGCACCUGAGAAGGCACCCCAACCUCCUGCACCUCAUGUUGAUCCUUACUCACGAUAUGGGCCCAAAGCAGAGAUAACCCACAUCUUCAGGACUCCAGAAAAGCGUCCACCCAGGGAACUCUCUCUAGCUUUUUUGGGUCUUACCCUCUUGCCAUUUGUUGGAUUUUUGAUUGGGCUAUUACACUUCGGGGUGAAUCUGAAAAACUUUCCCACUUCAGCAGUACCUGCCACGUUUGCCAUCCUUUUCCAUAUUGGCAUUGCAGCAGUUCUUUUGUUAUAUGUGCUUUUCUGGUUGAAGUUGGAUCUAUUUACAACAUUGAAGACUCUUGGCUUCUUGGGAGCUUUCUUGAUGUUUGUGGGACAUAGAAUCCUUUCCCAUCUAGCCUCUACAUCGGCCAAAUUGAAAUCUGCCUGAAAGAGAUUUUUUUUUUUUUUUUUUUUUUUCUCCCCUCGGGAGAUCAAACGAGAAUGAGGAAUUUUACAAGAAACAGUGGAUGGGUCUUCAAAUCCAAUUUUGUAGGACCUUUUUCUGGCAAAUUAUGUUUUAUGUGUGCCUUGAAUUUUAGUUUACGUGAUAAUGACAUUCUUGCCAACA